UAUCAAGAAAUUUUCGCAUCACGCUUCACAAUUCACCAAUAAAAACCAGAAAAUAAGCAUUUGGUUGUUUCACUAGGUAGCGCUCAAGAACAUUCAAGAUUUUCAUCUCUCUUCAUUCAAUCAACACUUACAUUGAUUCAAUGGCGUCAUCGAAUUCACCCUGUGCAGCGUGCAAGUUUCUCCGCCGAAAGUGCACACAAGAAUGCGACUUCGCCCCCUAUUUUCUCCCCGAAAAUCCACAGCGAUUCGCGAAUGUGCACCGUGUCUUCGGCGCAAGCAAUGUGGCUAAGCUCUUAAAAGAGCUUAACGUGGCUGACCGCGAAGACGCGGUGAGAUCUUUAGCUUACGAGGCGGAGUCUCGUUUGAAAGAUCCUAUCUAUGGCUGCGUUGGUUUGAUCUCGGCUCUCCAACAGCGUCUUCGGGAGGUUCAAACUGAACUGGCUGUUGCAAAAAAGGAGUUGUCCAGUUACAAUUCUAAUCCUCAAGCUAUGCAGUUCUUGUUUGGGAAUCCUGGUGCGGGGUUACAGCAGCAUCAACAGUGGAAUAACUCACAAUUUGCAGGUGUUGCUAAUGCGAACUACUCGUAUAAUUUUCCGCAUGAGAUGCUUGGAGGAGCGGGGAUGGUUACUCGCGAUGUUCAGCAAGAACAAGAGCUUCUUGAAGCUCAGCAGAUAGUUGCCUCUCAGCAAGAUUAUUUGCUUAGAUUUAGCGGCCUUCAUGUAGGUGGCAGUGGUGGUGGUACUGCUGUUGUUUCUGGUCAUGCUGAUAUGGCUCAUUCGUUGGGUAUAGGAAGCUUUGAAAAUGGAGGUAGCGGCGGAGGAAGUAGCAGCGGCUGUGGUUAUUAUCAGAUUCAGCAACAACAACAGGGAGAGCCACAACAGCAACACCAGGAUUAUAAUCCUCAUGUUGGUGUUGCUGCUGCGGUGAAUCAAACUGAGACGCCGGGUCUGUUAUCUCCUCAGAAUCAGGAGAAUGGUGGUGAGGAUGGUAGGAGUGCUGGUAGCACUCAUCGUUCUAGUUGAUUUUUCAUUUAUUGUUUUGUUUCUUUUGUGAGAUUUCAGAAUAUUGGUUAUUGUUGACAUGUGAAUACGAGGACAUAGCAUAUCUUUGGUCUUAUAAAUAUAUAGUAUAUGAAUGCAUCUGAAUAAAGACGAGGUUUAUGUAUUUUUGUUUUCUAUGUUUCGUUGGAUGUGUCUUCUCUACUUGUUGGUGGAGUAUGUACCAAUUAGUUAGUGAUAUUUGUGCCAGCUGAUAUGGGGAUGUUGUGCAACUAUCUAGUGUUGAAUUCGUAUUUAGUAACCAUU